AUGUCUCAAACUAUACCCGUUGAACAGGGUAGCAUCCCAGCCAGUGUCCGACCUCAUCCAAGCGGAGAUCUUUCGGCGGAAUCCAUUCACGAAGAAAUCAAGGGCUGGCUUGAAUUUAUAACGGAACAAUGGAACCCUCUCCCGAACCCUGAGGAAGAUCUCCAUCAACGACGUAAUCUGAUCGAGAGAUGGGCCACAGCCGACCAAAGCUUCCGCGACUCCUACGGUCUCCGCGCAACAUCUCAAACAUCAUCACCCCCCAAAAUCCAAACACUGCCUCCAACCCUUGAACAGAGAUUCAUCUGCUCGGCCCCAGUAAACCGAGAAACCCACCCAACCAAUUACACCAAGCUUCUCAAGAUUCUCAUCAUCCUCUAUUUAUCAGAAAGCGCAGGAGGCCACCCAUUCAGCCACGCCAAAGCCGGCGAAUCUCCGAACCCGCAGAUUCCGACUUUCAUCGCGGCGGACUCUAACCUCGAGGUUGCAGGACAAGAUUUACUUGCUGCGCUGUUUCUACAGAAUGCGGAUUUCCGUAUGAUUGCCAUUAGUCGGACGGGAACUGUGUUGUUCCACAAUUUGGCACAUAGACUCUGGUUCAUCAUUGAUCAAUCUGGUCUUGACUCGGGGCGUGUAUUAUUGGUUCAGUUCGGGCCUAAUGGGCAGGCGAUGCUUGCUGUUGCGAGGAGACCGUUUAAUCUGGGUGAGAUGGAUAUUGAUGGGGAUGACAAUAAGAAUGAGCCGCUGGAUAUGACCUCUAACAUUCUUGAUAUCCUCGAAGGGAUUGAAGCCUGCGAACAUGCUGCCAGUGAACCCAAGUCAACUGGAUCUAACGUCAUCUUGGACUACGAGGACGACAACCUUGGAGGACUUGAAAAUGCCAGCUCCGAAGUUUAA